CUGAGACUCUGACCUUCACUUAGAGCUUCACUUCAAUGGCGAAAACCCUAGCUCGCUCCACCGCGUCACGCAUCACCAAACGCUUCUUCUCCACCUCCGGAGCCACCGCUCCUUCUCCUUCUUACCUCCUCUCCCGUCGUUCAACCGCAGCGAUCUCCCAUGCCGUCGGAUUCGUCUCCUCCUUGAACCGUUUCACUACUGUUCGAACUCGCAUGGACCGGUCCGGUGGAUCGUACUCUCCGCUCAAAUCCGGUUCGAAUUUCAGCGAUCGACCACCCACUGAGAUGGCGCCGUUGUUUCCCGGCUGCGAUUAUGAGCAUUGGCUGAUUGUAAUGGACAAACCUGGAGGCGAAAACGCGACGAAGCAGCAAAUGAUUGAUUGCUAUGUUCAAACCCUAGCUAAAAUUCUCGGAAGUGAGGAAGAAGCUAAGAAGAAGAUAUAUAAUGUAUCGUGUGAAAGGUAUUUUGGAUUUGGCUGUGCGAUCGAUGAGGAGACGUCAAAUAAACUCGAAGGACUUCCUGGUGUUCUCUUCAUUCUACCAGAUUCUUAUGUUGAUCAAGAACACCAAGAUUACGGAGCUGAGCUAUUUGUCAAUGGAGAAAUAGUCCAACGUCCUCCAGAGAGACAGAGAAAGAUCACGGAGCUAACGACACAGAGAAGCUCCGAUAAACCAAAGUACCACGACAGGACCAGAUACGCCCGAAGGAGAGAGAACAUGCGUUGAAAUUGUAUCAAAGAUCUGAUAUCAGUGUCCAAUGAGCUUGUUUCCUAUUUCUAGCUUUCAUCAUGUAAUGGUUUUGUAGCUUUGAGUUUGGACCUGGAUUGGAACUGUUACUGGCAUAUACAUAUUUAUUUUGCCUUUCGAAAGAUGUCUCUGUAUCCAAGGUGAACCUAACUCCUUCGUAAUUAGUGAACAAUUUUUCAAUUAA